UGUCCCUCUUCAAAGCAAAACAAGAAUCGUAUAGAACUCAAUUGCAACUAGCUAAUGGCUAUGCAUGGAACUUCUUGUUUGGUGCCUUCUGUUCAGGAGCUAGCAAAACAACCCAUCAUCGAAGUUCCAGAACGAUAUGUUCAUGCCAAUCAAGAUCCACAUAUUCUUUCCAACACAAUUUCUUUACCACAAGUUCCCAUCAUAGACUUGCAUCAAUUGUUGUCUGAAGAUCCAAGUGAACUAGAGAAGCUGGACCAUGCGUGCAAAGAAUGGGGUUUCUUUCAGCUUAUAAACCAUGGAGUGGACCCUCCAGUGGUGGAAAAUAUGAAGAUAGGUGUUCAAGAAUUCUUCAACCUUCCAAUGGAAGAGAAGCAGAAAUUUUGGCAAACACCAGAGGAUAUGCAGGGGUUUGGCCAGUUAUUUGUUGUAUCAGAGGAACAAAAGCUAGAAUGGGCAGACAUGUUCUAUGCUCACACAUUUCCAUUACAUUCAAGGAAUCCUCAUCUUAUUCCUAAGAUUCCCCAACCAUUCAGAGAAAAUCUAGAGAACUAUUGCUUAGAGCUGAGAAAAAUGUGCAUCACAAUCAUUGGCCUUAUGAAAAAAGCUCUCAAGAUCAAAACAAAUGAACUCUCAGAGUUAUUUGAAGAUCCUAGCCAAGGAAUUAGGAUGAAUUACUACCCUCCAUGUCCCCAACCAGAACGAGUCAUUGGAAUCAAUCCGCAUUCUGAUUCGGGUGCCCUUACCAUCCUUCUCCAAGUCAAUGAAGUGGAAGGGCUUCAAAUAAGAAAAGAUGGAAAGUGGAUUCCUGUUAAACCACUCUCUAAUGCUUUUGUCAUCAACGUUGGAGACAUGUUGGAGAUACUGACCAAUGGGAUUUACCGAAGCAUUGAACAUCGGGGAAUAGUCAAUUCAGAAAAAGAGAGGAUUUCCAUUGCCAUGUUUCACCGGCCUCAAAUGAGCAGAGUUAUAGGUCCAGCACCAAGCCUCGUUACUCCUGAAAGACCUGCAUUGUUCAAAAGGAUUGGAGUAGCAGAUUACCUCAAUGGAUUCCUUAAACGUGAGCUAAAAGGAAAAUCAUACAUGGAUGUCAUUAGGAUCCAAAACGAGAUUGGUAAAUAAUUUAUGUUCAUAGGACUAAGCCUGAAAUUGAAUGAUAGAACAAGUACACAGAACAAUAAUGUCACAGAUGGUAGCCAAUGUGCAACCAUUGUAGCAAUAAAAGUUAAAUCACUGUUCAUGGUAUCAAGCUGAACAUAUAUACCUUGGAAGCUAAUGUGGGUUAGUAAAAAUAUGUCAUGGAACAUCAAAUGCAUGUUCUUGAACUAAUUGUCUGAAUUGAGCUAUAGGCGUGUCUCAAACAUUUUAGUA